AUGGUGUUCCUUAAGCAGAUCGACGUGGAAAACUUCAAAUCCUGGAGAGGAAAACAGACCAUCGGGCCUUUCCUCCGCUUCAGCUGCAUCAUCGGGACGAACGGCUCCGGUAAAUCUAACGUUAUGGAUGCCAUCUGCUUUGCCACUGGAGAGCGCUCUUCUACUCUGCGGGUCAAACAUCUGCGAGACCUGAUCCACGGGGCUCACACCGGUCAGCCAGUGUCCCGCUCCGCCACAGUCUGUCUGAGGUACUGUAACAAGGAGGAGGAAGAAGAGGAGGAGGCCAGCUUCAGCCGCACCAUCACAGGCGACUCCUCAGAAUACCGGAUCAAUGGAGCUCAGGUCACUCUGGUCCAGUACCUGAAACAGCUGGAGGAGAUUGGCAUCAUCACCAAAGCCCAGAACUGCCUCGUCUUCCAGGGAGCAGUAGAAUCCAUUGCCCUCAAAGACCCCAAAGAGAGGACUAAGAUGUUUGAGAGCAUCAGUCAGUCCAGAGAGCUGGCCUCACAGUACGAGCAGAAGAAGACAGCCAUGCUGCGCGCCAAAGAGGACACACAGUUCCACUUCAAUAAGAAGAAGUCUGCGGUGGUGGAGAGGAAGCAGGUGUCGCAGGAGAAACUUGAGGCGGAGCAGUACCAGUCUCUGCUGGACCAGCUGAAUGAGGAGCGGCUGCAGCUCAGUCUGACUCGACUCUUCCACAGUGAACGAAGCAUCAACUCUGUGUGUGACACACUCAAAGAGAAGCAGCAGGUGGCGCUGUCCAAGCAGACGCAUGUGACCGACGGGGAGCUUAACGUCAAAGCCCAGAAGAAGGAGCACGGCAGACUUCAACGGGAUGCUCAGCUGCUUGAGAAGGACAUACGAGCUGAGGAGCAGGCUCUGUCCCAGUGCCGCUCUCGCUACAUCAAGGCCAAAGUGAACGCCUCCCACCACAAGAAGAAGGAAGAAGAAACCAGGUCUGCAGUGAAGAGAGCCCAGGAGCAGCUGCUGCUAAAGAGACAGCAGCUCACUGAAGGCAAGCAGGAGGUGAAGGAGCUGGAGGAGGUCUGGAGGAGGCACAAGAGGGAGGCACAUAGAGACAGGAGUGAAGGAGAGGUGCAGCUGGAUCCACAACAGCUUGAGCGUUACCAUGAGUUGAAGGAGGUCUCGAGGCGGCAGAGUGCAGUGUUGAACCAACAGGCCGACAAACUGGAGCUGCAGAUCAAAGCCGACCAAGAGAGACUGACUCUGGAUCAGCGGCGAUGCAAAGAAGUCCAGGCCGCCAUCAGGAACUGUCAGAACCAGCUGGAGGACGAAACACGACGAGCUGAGAAACUGGAGGAAUACACCUCUGUCUGCAAAACCUCCAUCACCUCCCUUCAGCAGCAGGAGCACACCCUGAGCUCGAAGCUGCAGGCUGGAGCUGUUAGAGCAGAGCAGGUUCAGCUGGAGCUCACCUCUGUUGUGGAAGAACUGGGAAACGCACGACUGGAGACACAUGAGAGCAGACGACAGAUCCAGAGGAAGGAGGUCCUGGAGCGACUACAGAGAGUAUGUCCGGAUACUGUGUUUGGGCGCCUUUCGGACCUGGUCAGUCCCAUCCAUAAGAAGUACCAGCUGGCGGUGAUCAAACUGUUCAGCCGAUUCCUCAACUCCAUCGUGGUGAGCUCCGAGCGCGUGGCCAGAGAAUGUAUCCACUUCCUGAAAGAGGAGCGCUGCGAACCAGAGACCUUCCUGCCCGUAGACUACCUGGACGUCCAUCCGGUGAACGAGCGGCUGAGGGAGCUUCCUGGAGCUAAGAUGGCCAUUGACGUGGUUCAGGUGAACACAGCACUGCAAAAAAUGUGCUUCAUUGACACCGUUGAAAACGAAUCAAAAAAGAGCGAAUAA